GUCGACUGUAGCUGGAGUACCCGUCAGUUGCAGAGCUGACGUUGGUGGAGUAGGUGUGCCGUGCCUGACGGUCAGCUUCGUCGCUUCUCUUUCAUUCUGCUCCGAGUGGCCCUUUAAAUCAAUCUCUCCUGGCCCAAAGAUUUCCAUUAGUGAAUUUGGAAAUUAAGCGUGGUCUAAUUUGGUUAAACUGCUCUCUUAGUUGCCACAUGUAACGUAUUUCUUGAUUAUGCAUCAAUACUGACAUUCCUGUAAUUUGGAGAACUUGAAGCUCCGUUUUGACAGCUCGUCUCGUCUUGUUCAAGCUGUCGUUUACAUUUAGCGCCGGGUUUUCAUGUUAAAGCUUUUAUUAAAUUUGCCCUGAUUGACCCUAUAAGUCCCUGUUUAUGUUGGUGGUGAUUACUGAUCCUCAAUUAAUAUGAUUAAAACCAGUAAAAUUGUGGGUUGGUCCCCUCACCACCUUAGCCAACAAAACCAAGUGCACCGCGACCUCAACAACCAACAUAAAGUGCAUCACCACGAUCACAAUCAUCCGCACGAGUGGAUGACAUCUUACAGUAGCACUGCUGCUAUUGCUAGCACUGCUAUUAUCACAGCCACUGCUAAUACAACUCCUAAAGAACCCGCAACCAAUACCUCCCUAGAUUCCGGAGUGGCAGGACUUAGAGAUACACCUGUGCACACUCCCGGGCCGCUCGUCAACAAUAACAAUAUGCCUGGUCCAAAGACUAAUUCUCCUUCCGAUAAUGAAGAUCAUAAUGUGCCAAAGUUCAUUGUGGAUCAUAGUACGAGAACAACCUUUAUGAAAGGACGCUUCCUGGGCAAAGGCGGCUUCGCGCGUGUGCACGAACUCACGGAUCUCACCACCAAUGUCGCCUACGCCGGCAAAAUCAUCCCGAAAAGCCGCAUCACCAAACCUCACCACAAAGAGAAGAUUGCACGUGAGAUUGAAGUUCACAGACAACUUCAGCACAAGCACGUCGUGCGCUUCCACCGCUACUUCGAGGACGACUCGAAUGUCUACAUCAUCCUCGAGAACUGUUCUAUGCGGUCUCUGGUACACGUGCUGAAGUACCGACGGACACUCACGGAACCUGAGGUGCGCUUCUUCAUCCACCAGCUCGCUGAGGGCGUUGCAUACAUCCAUGGCGAGGGCAUCAUUCACAGGGACCUCAAGUUGGGCAACAUGUUCCUCUCUCAGGACAUGAACGUUAAGAUCGGAGACUUCGGACUUGCCACCAGAACGGCGGACAAUAGACAAGUGACAAUAUGCGGAACUCCUAACUACAUCGCACCUGAAGUGCUAAACAAAUGCGGUCACUUUUACCAGGCCGAUAUUUGGGCUAUAGGUUGCAUCAUGUACGCGUUGUUGGUGGGGCAGCCACCGUUCGAGACGGACACUUUAAAGGAAACAUACUCGCGCAUCACCAACAACCAGUACGUCAUCCCGCCCUUAGUGAGUUCUCACGGGCGCUCCCUCAUCACUGCACUACUUCAUCCUGAUCCCAAGAGCAGACCUUCAGUACCCGAACUCCUUAGACACGAUUUUUUCACGAAAGGUCUUUUCCCUCGUAGCCUCCCGACGCUGGCGUGCACGCAGGUUCCACAGUUCACUGUGGACUCGUUAGUGCCGCGAGUGUCGGAACCUACUGACCUCCACCACCAACAGCAGCAGCUGCACUCUCAAGUUAUUUCUCAAGACAUCAAGAAAAUUACCACCUCAGUAUCCACUCUUAGAUUACCCAACGUUAAGCCCCCUCAGGAUAAGAUAUCAAUAUUAACGGACAAUUUAGGACACCAGAUACCUGAAAUGAACCACCGCAACGAAAUUCUCAAUGAAGGUAUCAGUUCUCCUCCCUCCCCUCCUUCCCUGCACCCACAGCAGCGAUACAUCUCCACCCUGCCUAACCAAGUCAACCAGAGACCGUCUCAUCAGAUGGCCUCUCCAACAACCAUAUCCCAUUUAUCUAAAGAUGUUAGAAGAAAAGAUUCAAAUGGAGGUAACAACGGGAACCGUCUAUUCGAAAAGCUCACCUCUGUCAUCUAUGCUACUGACGGGAAGAACACGAACUGCUUGGGCUCCUUGGUGACGGGCAGGAAGAGGGAAGUGACCUCAGGGACUCUCUACAACCUGCUCGCCUCUUGCCUCGACAGUAUGCCGGACGGCGUGACUGGUAACUUGAUCCACCAAUCACACACGCCGCUUUUCAUCUCUAAAUGGAUCGACUACAGCAAUAAAUACGGCUUCGGAUACCAGCUCUCUGACAAUUCCGUCGGUGUUUUCUUCAAUGACCUCACGAGAAUAAACAUCAGCGGCGAUAAGUGCCGCGUAGAAUAUCACGACUGCAGCGGUCGCUUGACGGCAGUGGCAGCGUCAGCAUGUCCUGCCUGGCUACAGGAACGCUACCAACUGUUGCGUUACUUCGCCACCUACAUGGAUGAGAACCUUACAGGUGCUGGGGAUAAAACUCCACCACCUCACACCCCUAACCGGAGCAGUAGUAGCAAUAGCAGUGCUAACAGCAGCACCAGUAGCACUAGCAGCACCGGCAGCGGUGGUAGUGGUACUACUGGUGGUGCGUGCAAGAACGCGUCCUCUCAAGUCAUUCCUCACAUCAGGCGCUGGGACAGAACGCCUAAGAGUAUCAUCAUGCAGCUCAGCAACGGCACGUUUCAGAUAAACUUCUUCAAAGACCACACGAAGAUCGUUGUCAGCGGCGAACGCUGCGACGAAGACGCGUGUCUGCUCUACAUCAACGCUGAUCGCCAGAGCUGCGCGUACCGCCUCGCUGACAUCGCCAGCGCCGGCUGUGACGCGGCCAUCAGAGAGCGACUCGUGUACGCCCUCAGCUGCCUCAGACAAUACGCUGAGCUCGAUGGCGAAGAAGUGUAGUUCAUGCAAUAUUAUUCCAUUAUUUGCUCGUCUAAAUCGAAUUCAUGAAGUUAUCUAACGGAUUUAAACUACGCAUCAUCACUUAGUUUGUGUUUAUUCAUUGGAUUAGUUUAUUAACGUGUAGAAAAACCACUAGACAUGAAAUUAUUCAAUAUGCGAGAUGUUUAUUGAAGUUUUACAACAUUUCUUAUUAAUGUUGAUAUAGUGUGUUGAUUAAACAAUGGAGCGGUUCAAUAAAUUAUAUUUAUUUGUCAACGUCAGAGUAAUGAUUUGAAUAUUAAAUAAAAUGUGGCUAACAUUGUUUGCUGAGCGCGGAGAGUGAGUUUGUUUGCUUAUGACACUCUCGAACGCUUGAGUUAUCACAUCGCUCUGAAGUCAAUUCCCCGGAGAUACCGAGGCCAAAGAGCUACUGAUGAGUUUGCAAUGUCAAAAUAAAAUCAAUGUUAUUGAGUUUUAUGACGCGAAUCAAGCUUUCUCACAUUUUGUUCUCAUCACGGAAAUUGCUUCUAUUUGAAUUACGGAAUAUUGCUUUUCUUUUUGAUGAGAGGUUGCUCUGGAAGUGUGAUAAAAAAUUGUUGCUCAAUGGACAGAAUUUACGUUGAACCUGAGUGAAAGAAACGUGAUUCUCUCUCUCGAACUUGACGAUAUUUGUUCUUAUAAGCAAUAUACCUAACUUCAAUCGUACUCCUUCACAAUAAAACAUCUCAAUAAUGUAUAACUUAAGAUCUUGAAUUCUCUCUAGUGUGAUGAUGAUAGGAAUUGGUCAGUUCAUAUGUUGAAUUAGGUUUAGAUAGUUAGUGUGCCAAUUAGUGUGAGAUUUACCUGUAGUUUACUGGUAUUUCUGUUUCGUAUCAACUUAAUACCGACAGGGUAUAGUAGAUCGUAAAAUAUUGAAUUGAUUGGUCGCUAUUCAAACAAGAUUUAUUGUACCCUACCAUCUCGUGUUACAAUUACUUCCCCACGAGUAUCAGCUUUUCAAGGUGGCCUGCUUCAAUUGAAACUAUUUCCUAGAUUCAAAUAUCUUGAGCUAAACUUUCUCAUCUUGAAGCAGCUUUACGGUUGGCAUAAUAUUUAUGCACGCUAGAGAACCCUAAAUUGUUUCAAUGGUGCCUAACUAUUGAGAAUGGUGAUUGAAUUUUUCAUGGUUGCACUACCGAUCGACACUCGUGGAAAAUGAUUUGCACCUGAACGCCAAUGAUGUGUGAAUUCUUUAAUUGGUAAUUCCGUUAUUCAAUUUCACAAUCCAGCAGGAUUUAUUUAUUACAGCAUCAUGAGAUUGUUAGCGGCGCAUAAAAGAACUCAACUGCUCAUUAAUUUAGUCCGAGGGUUUUCUCUAUGAUUUAUAGUGUGGACAACGCUUUACCAACCGAGACAAAACAUUGAAAAGAUUUCUAGCUUCCCGUAAGAGUUUGUUGAUUUGGCCGUGUCAACUGCAUGGCAUCACGCAAUAUGCUAGCAGCGCUUAGAGCUGCAGCCGUGAACUAUACUUGAUAAUGUGUGCUUAAUGAGAAGCAUCGUCUAAAGUAUGUCAAUACUUCACUGCCAUCUAUUUCUUUGAGCUCUUCCUUGUAUUUAUUGUCAGUAUUUAUGGGUUUGUGUCUUAAUUAACAGGAGACUGCCAUUAGCAAUGAAGUCAAUAUUCCUUUUUCCUAAGUUAGGUUUAUUUACCACAUUUUUCACUGCUCCCUUCCUUUAUUAUUAGCUAAUUAUCAUGUAUGAAAUUUAUGUGUAUGUUGUACAUUUCUCUGUCUUUUCGUGAUUUCUCACUAAUUCUUGUGAAGGACUUUGUAAUUCUUCGUUUAUCUUCCUUGCUGUUACCUCUUACCUCUUACCUGUCCUCUGAAUAUUAUCCUUAUGUUAAUGAAGUUGUUAUGUUAGUAUGUACAGUGUUGGUGUUAAUGGCAUUUGUUGGUCUUGCUUCUGUUCUGUGUUGUGUUGUGCUUGAAACUUUCUUCUUAUGCGCUCAAAUUUUGUAUUAAAAUUUGCUCUUCCUAAGCUCAACCAUUCGGAGAAAAUGUCAUGAAUUUUCGUGUCCAAUGUAUUUUGGACGAACUAAUUGUUUCGUAACCAUACCCUAAUUUUAAUUUUAAUGUGUAUCUAUUGAAAACCAAUAAUGCAAUCUUCAUUGAGCAUACAAGAAUGUUCGACUAAAGUCAGAUUUUAGUUCAGUGAUGGUAUUUUCAGAUUUACCGAACCGCGAUUGUCGCAAAGGCCAUCUGACUAAGUAUGAAUGUUUUUCUGGCUAAAAUUGUUCUGAUUGAUGAUUUACUUAGUUAAAACAGUCGAAUCUUAAUUUUUGGUUGCCCAUUUUUUCAUAAAUUACCGUAUUCAUUACCACAACUUUUCUCUUGAGCAACUUUUGAAUGUGAUCCAAAUAUGCCACAGGGAUAAGUGUUCGACCGUCUAACGCAGUAAUAGCGUCAGGUGUCCUGGACUACUGAAUUAUUUGUAGUUCUAAGAUAACCUUGCGAUAACUUCCCACUUCCUGUCUUCCGAUCUGUUUAGAAAAAUACGCUC